GCAGUUCCUAUUGACUGCAUGCUAUUCACAGGCUGCCAACAGAUGUGGAUAUUUUGGCCCUUUCUUUUUCUGUACAAAAGAAAAUGGCUGCCAGGAGCUCAGUGAAGUAUUGCAUUUGAUCAGAACAUCUAAUGUCAGUUUGAUGCUUACGGUACAGAUUUAAAGGAAGUAAAUGCUGAGUGGAUACAUACGUCAGACUGAGGAGUCGUUGGCUGUGACAAGUAAGUCAAGAAAUAUGAAUAUGGCCCCUCGAAAGAGAAGCAGUCGAGGUCUUUCCUUCAUAUUCUGCUGCUUUCGAGGGAGUGACCACCCAGAGAUCACAUACAGGCUAAGAAAUGACAGCAAUUUUGCAUUGCAAACAAUGGAGCCAGCGUUGCCCAUGCCCCCUAUUGAAGAACUGGAUAUCAUGUUCACUGAACUUGUGGAUGAACUUGACCUUACUGAUAAACACAGGGAAGCCAUGUUUGCACUUCCUGCAGAAAAGAAGUGGCAGAUAUAUUGUAGUAAGAAAAAGGAACAAGAAGAAAAUAAAGGAGCCACAAGCUGGCCAGAGUUUUACAUCGAUCAAUUGAACUCAAUGGCAGUCAGAAAAUCGCUCUUGGCUUUGGAAAAAGAAGAUGAGGAAGAAAGAAAUAAAACCAUUGAGAGUUUGAAAACCGCACUAAGAACACAACCAAUGAGGUUUGUUACCAGGUUCAUUGACUUGGAUGGGUUAACAUGCAUUCUGAACUUUCUGAAAAGUAUGGACUACGAAACAUCAGAAUCUCGAAUACAUACCUCUCUAAUAGGCUGCAUUAAAGCAUUAAUGAACAACUCUCAGGGCAGGGCCCAUGUUUUGGCUCAUGUAGAGAGUAUUAAUGUAAUAGCUCAAAGUCUUACAACAGAAAACAUAAAGACUAAAGUAGCGGUCCUGGAAAUUUUGGGUGCUGUGUGUUUGGUGCCAGGUGGCCACAAGAAGGUGUUGGAGGCAAUGCUGCACUACCAGAAAUAUGCAAGUGAAAGAACACGCUUCCAGACUCUCGUCAAUGACUUGGACAGAAAUACAGGAAGAUAUAAGGAUGAAGUGAAUCUCAAAACUGCUGUCAUGUCUUUCAUUAAUGCUGUCUUAAGCCAAGGGUCAGGAGAGGAAAGUCUGGAUUUUAGAGUACAUCUUCGAUACGAAUUUUUGAUGUUAGGUAUUCAACCUGUUAUUGACAAAUUACGUGAACAUGAAAAUGCAACUUUAGAUAGGCAUUUGGAUUUCUUUGAGAUGCUUAGAAAUGAGGACGAAAUGGAACUAGCAAAAAGAUUUGAAAUGGUCCACAUUGACACAAAGAGUGCUACCCAGUUGUUUGAACUGGUUAAGAAAAAAAUCAGCUAUACAGAUGCAUACCCACACUUUAUGUCAAUUCUCCAUCAUUGUCUCCAAAUGCCAUAUAAGCGAAGUGGAAACACUGUACAAUAUUGGCUACUGCUGGAUCGAAUAUUGCAGCAGAUAGUUUUGCAGAAUGAUAAAGGGCAUGAUCCUGAUGUUACUCCCCUGGAAAAUUUCAACGUGAAGAAUGUUGUUAGAAUGUUGGUUAACGAAAAUGAAGUCAAACAAUGGAAGGAACAAGCAGAAAAAAUGCGAAAAGAGCACAAUGAGCUACAGCAAAAACUGGAGAAAAAAGAGCGGGAAUGUGAAGCUAAGGCACAGGAAAAAGAAGAGAUGAUGCAAACACUGAAUAAAAUGAAAGAAAAACUGGAAAGAGAAUCUCAGGAGCACAAAGCUGCCAAGAAACAGGCAGCUGAUCUUAUGGCCCAGAUCCAGGAUCUAAGCAAUAGAGCAAGGUAUUCUGGAGUUCCUGGCGGCCCCCUUUCAACACCUGGAGCCCCUGGUGGUCCAAUACCACCUGCAAUUCCUUCAGUAGGUGAUGCCCCUCCACCACCAGCACCACCACCGCUGCCGCCGCUCGGUGGAUUGCUGCCACCACCACCACCCCCACCCCCAGGCGGACCCCCUCCACCUCCAGGUCUGCCACUUUUGAGUGGUGUACUACCUCCUCCUGGAGCCCCUUUGGGUCCAGGACUCAAGAAGAAAAAUAUUCCACAACCAGGAAAUGCUUUGAAAUCCUUCAACUGGUCCAAAUUACCAGAGAACAAACUUGGGGAAACAAUCUGGAUAGAAAUUGAUGAUUUGAGCGUUUUCAAAGUGCUUGACUUGGAAGACAUAGAAAAGACAUUUUCUGCUUACCAACGGCAACAGGACUUCUUUCUGAGCAAUCAUUCCAAGCAGAAAGAGACAGAAUCCAAUGAAGACACGUUUAAUUCCACCAAGAAAGUCAAAGAACUGUCAGUAAUUGAUGGGAGAAGAGCUCAGAAUUGCAAUAUUCUUCUAUCAAGGUUAAAACUCUCCAAUGAGGAGAUAAAACGUGCUAUUUUAACAAUGGAUGAACAAGAGGAUCUUCCUAAGGACAUGCUUGAACAGCUGCUGAAAUUUGUCCCUGAGAAAAGUGAUAUUGAUAUGCUGGAGGAGCACAAACAUGAAACUGAGCGCAUGGCAAAAGCAGACAGGUUCUUAUAUGAAAUGAGCAGAAUUCCUCACUACCAGCAAAGAUUACAGUCCUUGUAUUUUAAGAAGAAAUUUGCCGAAAGAGUAGCUGAAGUUAAACCCAAAGUUGAAGCUAUUUUUUUGAGUUCCAAGGAAGUUUUGCAAAGCAAAAAUCUGAAGCAGCUGCUGGAGGUGGUUUUAGCUUUUGGCAAUUACAUGAACAAGGGACAAAGAGGCAAUGCUUAUGGUUUCAAACUCUCUAGUCUCAACAAGAUUGCAGACACCAAGUCCAGUAUUGAGAAGAACAUUACCCUUUUGCACUAUUUGAUAACAAUUUUGGAGAAGAAAUACCCAAAAGUGGUGAACAUACAUGAUGACUUGCGUAGCAUUCCUGAUGCAGCCAAAGUAAAUUUGAUUGAGCUGGAAAAAGAAUUCAAUAGUCUGAGAAGUGGUCUGAAGUGUGUGGAGAAUGAGCUGGAAUACCAAAAAUCCCAACCUGCACAGUCCGGUGACAAAUUUGUCUCUGUAGUGAGCCAGUUUAUCACUGUUGCAAGUUUCAGCUUCUCUGAUGUGGAGGAUCUUCUGUUGGAAGCUAAAGAUCUGUUUAAUAAAGCCAUAAAGCACUUUGGAGAGGAAACCAGCAGAAUACAACCUGAUGAGUUCUUUGGGAUUUUUGAUCAGUUCCUCCAAGCCUUCGCAGAGGCCAAACAAGAAAAUGAGAACAUGAGGAGGAGAAAAGAGGAGGAGGAACGAAGGGCAAAAAUGGAGGCACAGCUUAAAGAACAACGCGAGAGAGAGCGCAAAGCAAAAAAGGCAAAAGAAGGUAGUGAAGAGGGAGGGGAAUUCGAUGACCUGGUUUCAGCUCUACGUUCGGGAGAGGUUUUUGAUAAAGAUUUCAAGCUGAAGCGCAACCGGAAGCGUGUCACCAGCCAAGUGGAUGGUAGCCGAGAACGACCAGUCACAAAGCUCAACUAUUAAGCCAUCACCUGUAGUGCAGAAUCACGGUUGUGUAGCAGCCGGCUUACGCGUUACUGUCCUGUUGUGAUUAUACUGACCAAUUAUACUGCCGAUUGGCCCUAUUAAUGGCUGCUGCUCUUCAUAGCGGGCUCCCUUUCCCUCUUUAUAGCUGGGUUUGCAUGCACCACUGUUUAAUAUAAGAGAAGUUUGUUUAUGUGGUGCUGAAGCACAGAAAACACUCGAGCAUUCCUAGGAUUCACACAACUAAUGAGUAGAACUCUGUUUUCCUGAUUUCAUUAUAAAAACAUACCCUUCCACAAAUGUUCUGCUGCGUAAGCAUUCCAUCCAAACUGAAUGAAAAAUUAAGCAACCUAAUGGAUUAAAGAUGGUGCUGAUGCAGUUAGAUUUAUGGAGCUGAUGAUUACUUGGAUUUGAAUCUGAAGCUGAAGCAUGCUGGGAAGACCGGAUAGACUUAAAUAAGUGGAGCAUAAAAGGAACAAUUGAAAUGUGUAUUGCUGAAGACCCUCAAACAUCUGUGGCUUUUGACCUGGUUCCAAGGAAUUGAGUAAUUUCCCUUGAUCAUUUUUUAAGAACUAUUCUUGGUUGGCAAAUAUUUUAUUUUAAACACUGUUUACUCAACUAUUUUCUGACUGAAAACGAGUAUGAUCAUGGGAAUAUGUUUAUAGUACUUUGGUGAUAUCCAGAUUUCCUUUGCUUUUAUAAAAACAUUCCAUAAUUAAUGGGGAUGAUAAUAAGGGUUCUCUGAAGGGGCAAUGAAAUGUUGAACCUUUUUUCUUGCUGCUGGCAGCUCUACAGCAGGACCAUAACCAGACACAAAAUAUAAUUGAAAUGGUUCUUGUCAGUUAUAUUGGUUUGGGGGGUGUGGGGAAAAGUAGAGAAUUUUGUUCAAAGGAAGAAAAAAAACUGUGCUUGAAACUUGAAUAAAAAAUGACUUUAAUAACCUCGUAUCUAACUACAACUCACAACUGCAGAAUGAAAAUGGCUAUUGUAAAAAGGACAGUGUGAAUAAUUCAGGACAAUCGAACUCUACAGCCUAUUUAUAUUUGGACAUAUUUGGGGAGAGGUGUCAGACAUUAUAUAUAUUCAAGUACUGUAACAAAAAUUAUUCAAAUUUUGUAGCCGAAUCAUAAGGCAUUAAUUUGGUAGCAACUAAAGAAGAGCCUUUCUUUUCACUGUACAGUGACUUGAUCCCUUAACCAAAGUGCCUGCAAACAGGUUUGUGUUUAUAAAUAGGGCUCGCUCUCGUAAAGUUUUGUGAUUCAGGAUCUGAUGUUUUCUUUUACAACUGUUUGGACACUGUGCAGUUUAAAAUAUUGGCUAGGGGAAAUAAGUGUUCUGAUUGGUCCUGUAAAGAGUGAGAACACUAUAAAAGCUUAGGUCUGUAUGUGUGUGUGCGCGCGCGCGUGUGUGUGUGUGUGUCUCUCUAUGUAUACAUGUGUGUCCACAUGAGUGUACACUCUGUCCUUCCUUACAGACUUUGAAACACCCAUUUUGCUUUUCCUUUCCAAAAUGGAAGUGUGAAAGCAGUUCCAUGUGCCACUAUUAAAAAGUAUUUUAGACUGGUGCUGGUUCCGGUAGAAGAAGUUCAUUGGUUUCUUGGGUUUAUUUGAUGAAUUUUUUUUAAACAAUGCCAAAAAUGGUUAAAAUAUUUGUAGACAGGAAUGUACACUAAGGAUCUCAUUUGUUUGGUAAUUUAGUGGGAUAUCAUUAUAAUAUGUGAGCCGUCACAAAUGCCGUGUACCUUUUCGACUUGUAAGAUCCAAAUGGUAAAAUGCAAUAAAGAAAAGUAGUUCAACAA